AUCUCUCUCAAUCUGCUCCAGCUGGGGCGGGGGUGGUUGUGAGGGACUGUGUUGUGUGCGUUUAUGAAGAAAGGUUUUUGUGUUGUUGUUUUUAAAGGGAGUGUGUGUGGGGGGUCUUCCUUAGCAGGGGGAGGCAGACAGGCAACAAAAUUGGGUUCUUAUUGCGGGGGAUGAUGGAGGCUCUGUGAAGUGAGGGAAGAUGGUGGAAGGGAGAAGGCAGAACUAUUGUGUGGUGGUUGUUAAGAGGGAGAGGAAGGGGGAGAGAGAGACUGGAUUUUGACUGUGGAAUGUUGGGGAGGAAAAUAUGUGCGGAGUAUUUGAGCAUAAACUCUCAAGGAGGCGCGGGGCAUUAAGGGCGGCUGGAUUAUGAAGUGAGAAUGAAGGCAAGAGAGAGAGAGGAAGACAUGGUGGAACCUUAUAAGACUUCAUAUGGAAGGAUACAAGAAUAUGAUAAGUAGCUAUAAUUGCUGUAUCAGAUGGCUCCCCUCAAGGAAUGGACAUGUGCCACAGGGCAUCACUCACUUUUGAUACUUUUCAUUUGUAUGGUGGUAUCGUCGUCCCCAGAGACUGUAAAUUGAACUCCAUAAUCUGUGACAGAAGUGAAAGGUUAAUCAUGAGUCUGUUUAAUCUGGACCGCUUUCGCUUUGAAAAAAAGACAUGCAUUGAGGAAGAGAGUGCUCCUUCUCCUGGCCUUUCUGCAGAUCAGGAGGAGGCUUCUUCUUCUACUUCUUUGGAUGCAGUUGAUAAGGAUGCUGCAUAUCCUUCUCCUUCAGAAGACUGUGCUGCUACUGUUGAUGAAGAAGGCGACAAUGUUACUGAUCACAGUAGCAGGCCAGCCACUCCAGCAUCUGACAUGUCAGAGAAAACUGAUGAUUCCAGUGUUCCAGAAACCCCUGAAGCUAAGAGGACAACACAGUUAUCUUAUUUUAAGUUUCGGAAAGAUGUUAUUGAAUUGUCAUCAGAAAGUGAAGAAGAAGCGGCACCAAAACACUCCCAUGCAAAACACGUUGCACCCAGGAAGGAUGUGAUUAUAAUCUCUGAGCCUUCUGAUAGCGAAGAAGAUGAAGUCAAACCAUCAAAAUCUGCCAUAAAGGAAGAGGAGGAGGAGGAGGAUCUGAACUAUUGCAAACUCCAAACACUAAAGGAACUCUUUCCGCAAAAAAGUGACCAAGAGUUAUUACAACUAAUAGAAUCAACUGAUACAAUGGAUGAAGCUAUAGCUGCUGGCCUGAAGUUAAUUGAGGAAAGUGGAUCUCGCAAAAGGAAACUUGAGGAAAGUGCCGGGGAUGGUGCUGAAGAUAAUGAUGACCAAAAUACAAAGAAGAAAAGGCCUGAUCCUUUACAAAGCCCUGAAAAUCAGUGGGAGAAGCGUGAGAAUUUGGUAAGCAAACUGCACAAAGAAUUUCCCAGCUUGGAUAAAGAGGAGUUGAGAGAUGUACUUCGGGAACACAACUGGAUAUUCCAGGAAGCUUUUGAGUCUUUAAAAGUAUUUAUGGAAGAUCAAGAGGAUACCCAAUAUCCUUCCAAAAAUGAAGUUUCAAAUGGAAAAGGGGUCUCCAUUAAUAACAGUCAUUAUCAUCAGAAUGACACUAAUGUCACACUCAAAGAGAAAUCUUCCACACAAUCUGAAAAUGGCUUCAGAAAAAAAGAAAAAAAGAAAAAAAAUUGGAGUACUAAAAGAGACUCACAAGAUUUGGAAUACGAGUCUGCUUCGGAAGCUGGUAGCUCCCUUGAUGAGGACUAUGGCAGUGGUGAUGAAGUGAUGGAGGAUGGUUUCAGAGCUAAAAUACUUAGUUUCCUGCAAGAUGCUUCACUGGGUGAACUCACUUUGAUCCCUCAGUGUUCUCAGAAAAAGGCUCAGAGGAUAAUAGAGCUCCGUCCCUUUAAUAGUUGGGAUACUCUGUUUACAAAAAUGUGCAAGACCAAUGGAUUGUCAGAAGAUAUUAUAUGGAACUGCAAAAUAUUGUUGAGAGAGAGAGACGUUGUAUUAAAGCUAAUGAACAAAUGUGAAGAGAUCUCAAAUAAACUGACCAAGCAAGUGACAAGGAUCACCGGCGAUACUGGAAGUGGAUGGAACAUUGAGCAGCCUUCCAUUCUGAAUCCAAGCAUGGAGCUUAAGCCUUAUCAGAAGAUUGGUUUAAACUGGCUAGCACUUUUGCAUAAACAUUCGUUGAAUGGCAUUUUAGCUGACGAAAUGGGUUUAGGAAAAACCAUUCAAGCAAUUGCAUUUCUGGCAUAUCUUUACCAAAUGGGUGAUGUAGGUCCACAUUUGAUUGUAGUCCCAGCAUCGACAAUAGAUAAUUGGAUAAGAGAAGUUAACCUGUGGUGUCCUGAACUCCAAGUUUUAUUUUAUUAUGGAUCACAAGAUGAUAGGAGGCAUCUGAGAAUGGAUAUCCAUAAUAAAGUUGCAGAUUUCAAUGUCAUUGUGACAACGUACAACUGUGCAAUCAGCAGUCCAGAAGAUCGUAGUCUGUUUCGUCGAAUGAAACUUAAUUAUGCCAUCUUUGAUGAAGGUCAUAUGUUAAAAAACAUGGGUUCUGUGCGCUAUCAACACCUGAUGACAAUUAAUGCACAACACCGUUUGCUGUUAACAGGAACUCCAGUUCAAAACAAUCUUUUAGAACUUAUGUCUCUCUUGAAUUUUGUCAUGCCACACAUGUUCCGCAGUAGCACUAGUGAGAUUCGGAGAAUGUUCUCUUCUAAAGCAAAAGCAACUGAGGAACACAAUAUAUAUGAAAAGGAGAGAAUUGUACAUGCCAAGCAGAUAAUAAAACCAUUCAUCCUGAGAAGAGUAAAAGAUGAGGUCCUUAAGCAGCUACCUCCCAAAAAAGAUAUUAUUGAGUGGUGUGAAAUGUCUGAGAAACAGGAAAAACUAUACCAAGAUCUCUUCAGCUGCCUGAAAAAAUCUAUUGACAGUCAUGAAAAGAAUUCAGAAAUGGGCAAUGUCAUGAUGCAGCUGAGAAAAAUGGCCAAUCAUCCUCUCCUACACCGCCAGUAUUACACAUCAGAGAAACUUAAAGUGAUGUCAAAACUUAUGCUCAAGGAGCCUACACACUGUGAAGCAAACCCUGACCUUAUAUUUGAAGAUAUGUCAGUGAUGACAGACUAUGAAUUGCAUUUGCUUUGUAAACAGUAUGCAAAUAUUCGUGACUUCAUGCUUGAAAUUGAUCUGCUUUUGGAUUCUGGAAAAUUUAGAACACUGACACACAUUUUGUCUGACUUCAAAGAAAAGGGUGACAGAGUUGUCCUGUUUAGCCAGUUUACUAUGAUGCUAGACAUCCUAGAGGUUCUUCUGAAACAUCAACAGCACCGAUACCUUAGGCUGGAUGGAAAGACACAGAUUUCGGACAGGAUACAUCUCAUAGACGAGUUCAAUUCAGAUAUGGGUAUAUUUAUCUUUUUGCUUUCAACUAAAGCUGGGGGUCUUGGGAUUAAUCUAACCUCCGCCAAUGUGGUCAUCCUUCAUGACAUUGACUGUAACCCUUACAACGACAAGCAGGCUGAAGACCGAUGCCAUAGAGUAGGACAAACUAGAGAAGUGAAAGUGAUACGGCUGAUAAGUAAAGGGACUAUAGAGGAAUCCAUGCUCAGAAUCAGCCAGCAGAAGUUAAAACUAGAACAAGACAUGACAGCAGCAGAUGCAGGAGAAGAAGGGGCCAUUCCAGCAGAUAUAGCAACACUAUUAAAGGCAUCAUUAGGUCUCUAAUAGUAAUAUAUAGAAAAGUGUUGUAGAUACCUUUUUUAAUUUGAGAAGAAAUAAAAUGUGGUGCUUCAAGAAUUUCUUGUUACUAAAUACAUUUGUAUGGACAUUUAUAACUUUUUGUAAUUUCCUUGUUGUAUUCCUCAUGUCAUAGGUUUUUUUCCCACUCUGGUACUCAGAAGCAAAAGGUAGAGAUGCCACAAAAAUGUAGUGCAUAAAAUGCCACAUAAUCUUAUUGUACCAAGGCAGUUUUAAAUGGGGACCCUUGUUUUAACUGAACUGCUAAUGCUUAAAAUUGUUCCAUAUUUUUGUAAUUAUUUCUACCUCCAAAUAUAUAUACAGAACUUGUCUAUUUCACUGGAUAUGUGGGGGUUUUUUACAUGUGCCUUAUUUGAAAUGCUCAUAUUGUGUCUCUUUGCUUGUUUUUAUUUGAAGUACCGUAAUGUUUUGUAUCAAAUUGUUCACAUAAUAAAAAUUGAACCUUGA